UCCAAGGCUUUUACAGAAGUCAACAAAUGAGAGCACCUGGGGAGUAGGAGUGGAGCUAGGCACUGCAGGGCCUGGAUGAACCUCUACAUCACCAGAGGAACAGAGGAGGGUUAGGAUAAGGGUACGGCUAAAUGCUAUCAGAACUGGUUGUCUAUUACGUUCAGAAGAGAGAGUAAAAGGAGCAGGUUUCUGGGCGCGAUAGAAUAGAUUCCAGGCAUAAUGUACAGAGGGACGUCUAGAGGGACGUCUCGAUGGAGGAAAGUCUGUUUUAGCCUCCGUGUGCGGUGAUGUCGAUAGACCAGUCGUGAUGGAUUAGUAGGGUUCCUUGUAGCAGAGGGGUCCAGGUCCAAAUGGCAAAAUAGGUAUAGUGGACCAAGAAAUUGGCAGAUGGAUCUAUACAGCUAACAGUCCAAUGUGCUCUAGACAGCUAGUGGGCCACGGCUAGCAGCUAGCGGGCCGCGGCUAGCAGAUGGGCAUUCAGGGGACGUCGUGAUGUAGAGGCCAGUUGAGUACCCCCUCGAAAUGAUUACGUCGUAGUCCAGUCGUGAAGGAUCAAAGGAUUUGAUUUUCACUUGUCCUCAACACAAUUUCUAGAGCAGAAUUAGAGCAGAAUCUUAUAAAUACUUAUCUUACUCUAGAGCAGAAUCUUAUAAAUACUUAUCUUACUCCAGAAAUAUAAUACUACAAAGGCAUAAGGUAAUUAAAGUGCAACUUACCUCUCUCUGGCUAAGAAAGUUUUGACAAGCUAUUUUGAAUGCAUUUCAUUGUUCAAGGCCCACUGAGAGUAACUAGAAAAGUACAAGUUCCUCCAAAAAGGGCAGUGGGCCCGAUUCAAACCCAUGCCUACCCUGACAUAUGUGCCGUUGUCAUUGACUACCCACUGGACCACUCAGGGACUGAGACACGUAUUCAUGUGUUUUGACUACCCACUGGACCACUCAGGGACUGAGACACGUAUUCAUGUAUUUUGCCUAUUGCUUGCCUUGAACAUAUAAUAAACCAAUUGUACAAAAAAAAAAGAUUUUCCCUAAUAAAAAAAUACAUCUACCCCUUACAAAUAUUGUCACUUUAUUUUAAUUCACAUGAGACACAUGUAGCCUACAUAGGCUACUUGAACUGACGCCCAGUGGACCUGUAAAACACCACUUCCAGCAGCUCCCUAGCAGUGAUUCUAAAUAUUAAAUAGACCUUUAAAAUCCUCCUGCUGUAGGAUUCAUUUCCUCCUGCAAUGAAAUGGUUCAUAUUAAGAUCCAACAUCUUUACCUGACCUACUAUGAGCGGGCAGCUGUGUUUCUGGCAAUGGGGAAGUCCAAGUCAGCCCUGUCGGACCUGACCAGAGCUAUCCGACUCAAACCAGAUGACGUCAUUGCCAGAGUGCAGAUGGGGAAUAUCCUUCUAAAGCAGGGCAACACCCAGAAGGCCCGGGAGAAAUUUCAGGCUGUGCUGCAGCGCUCCCCUGACCAGGAGGAAGCGUGGCACCAGCUGAUGAGGGCCAACGAGCUGGAGGAGCUGCAGGAAAAGGCCCACGCGACCCACCACAGAAGAGACUACAGGACCACCAUCAAUGUGUUGGAUCGGGUCAUAGUGCUGUCCCCCUGGGACCCUGAGUCUCUGGAGCUCCGGGCUGAAUGUUACAUCCACCUGGGAAACACCAGGAAGGCCAUUCAGGACCUGACUCCCACCGCCUGGCUGAGGAAUGACAACCGAGCUGCCUUCCUCAAGCUCAGUACCCUGCACUAUAGCCUGGGGGAGAACAAGGAGUCAAUAGGUCACGUCCGGGAGUGUCUGAAGCUGAACCAGGAUGACAAGAAGUGUUUAUCCCACUUCAAACAGGUGAAGAAGCUCAUCGAGCUGCUGUACUCUGCCGAGGAGCAUAUCAAGGAGGAGAGGUAUCAAAUGGCCAUAUACAACUAUGAGUCAGUGAUGAAGGCAGAACCUAAUGUCCCCUACUACACCAAUAAGACAAAAGAGAGGAUCUGCUUCUGCCUGGUCAAGAAAAAGAUGGCUGCCAAGGCAAUAGACAUCUGCUCUGAAGCCCACCAGAGAGAUCCACGUAACAUCAACAUCCUUCGAGACAGAGCUGAGGCCUUCAUCCUCAACCAGGACUACGAAGAAGCGGUGGAAGACUACAAGGAAGUGAUGGAGUUUGACAAGGAGAACAAUGAGAUCAGGGAUGGUUUAAAGCGAGCCCAGGAACUGCUCGAGUUCACCCCGAAGAAAGACUAUUACAAGAUCUUAGGUGUCAAAAGGAGUGCCAACAAAGAGGAAAUUAUCCAUGCGUACAGGCAGCAGGCCAAAAAGUGGCAUCCUGACAAGUACAGAAAGGAUUGGGAGAAGAGGAAGGCAGGGAAAAGGUUCAUCGACAUCACCUCUGCAAAACAGGUGCUCACCGACCCAGAAAUGCGUAAGAAGUUUGACUCAGAAGUUUGAUCCCUGGACCCAGAGAGCCUGCAGGGUGGAGGAGGGGGUCAGGGUGGCCAGGGAUGGCCCUUCCACUUUAACCCGUUUGAGUCCGGUGGCAACUACUGCUUCAAGUUCCACCACUAG